AUGGUCGACGCCGCCUGCCGUAUUUCCGGAAAGGACGAGAUCUACAUCAUCUCCGGCCGACACUAUGGCCGAAUCAGAAUCACCAACGGAAACCCCGAGAACGGUCUUUCCGCAGGCCCAACCGCACUAAGCAAGGGCUGGAAUACUCUACCCAAAGUGGGCUUCGGCACGGUGGACACCAUCGUCCCCGUCCCCGGCCACGACAACCAACUCUACGUCUUCUUCGGCGGCCGCUAUAUCAAAAUCAAGGUCGAAAACUACGAUGACACCUUUGUCGUGGACGGAGCCCAUCCCAUUACCUCUGGGUUCAAAUCACUCGCCCAGGCGGGCUUUGAUACCGUGGAUGCAGGACUGCUCACCCCGGGAACCAAGAGUGAGAUGUACUUCUUCCGCGGCUUGAAAUAUGUUCGCAUCGACACUUCCACCGAUAAGAUUGUCAAUAAGGUUUAUCCUAUUACGGAGGGAUGGGCAAGUCUUGUUCAGGCUGGGUUUGAUUCUGUUGAUGCUAUUGUUCGGAAUCCGGCUGGUCAGGACCUUUACUAUGUUUUCCGGGGUGAUCAGUUUGCCGUGAUUAAGGUGGAUAGUAACCGGAAGGAUACUCUUGUUUCGCCGCCGAAGCCAAUUAGCACGGCGUGGAAGGCCUUGGAUGGGUGGGUUUAG